AUGAAGAUCACUGACCCUUACCAAGAACCGGUCCCAUUAACAGAUGAGCAAGUAAUGAUCAAGGAACAACAUUGUCGUACAAGGAAGAAAAUUGAUCAUUUACUGGAAGAACGACCGGAUCUUGAGGAUUUAGAGCAACGGAAUGUGCUCCCGAUGACCUCAUCGACUGUAGCGUCCUCACUUCAAAGUGUACAGAAGCAACUACAACAAAAGAUGAGCGCUGAUGAACUGUCACAUCGGCUUGAGACUCGACCGGAUGUACAGGAGCUGCGUGAUCACGCAAUUGUUCAUGGCGAUGAAAAUGUGGCUCCGAGUCUACAGGCGACACAGGAAAAGCUUCAACGUCAAUUGAAUGCGGACAAGGUGAACCAGCAUUUAACCAAUCGGCCAUCGAUCGAGGAGCUUCGUACUACGGGCUUAUUAGAGACAAGUGGAGAACUGGCACCGAGUCUCACGGCUACAGCAAAGAAACUCGAGAGGAAUUUGGUACAGAAUCAAGUGUCACAUUUACUGGAGUCACGACCUGAGAAGGAGGAACUUGUGUCGCACAAUAUUCUAGAAGACCAGGAUGUGGCGGUGGCACCAGUGUUGCAAGGGACCAAACACCAGCUGGAGCAUCAGUUAAAGACGGAUCAGGUUGCUCGCCAACUGCGUCAAAGACCGUCGGUGACGGAGCUGGAAGAGAAGGGCAUCAUUGACGAAGGGGAGCUGGGGGAGGACAGAGUGUUGAAGAAGUGCACGCUAUCACCACGCGCCCGUUACGCGUUGGCACUCAAGGCAACCAGCCGCAUUGCAGCAGACAAAUUGAUCUCAGCAGAGGAAAAGUCACGUCUAAAGGAUUUGAUCUUGAGCGACGAUGAAAAGAUUGUUGCUGCACUUGAAUGCUACGAAAUGGAUGAGAAUAUUGAAGAAAUGCUGGACACUCUGUAUCGCAUUGCCAAGGUGUCGCCGUAA